AUGGGUUCCUAUAGUGGAUCUGCCAAAAUAACAAAUUCUCUUAGAGAAUUGUUAUUUUUAGCAGACUCCCAUAGUUAUUCUGCCAAAAUAACGAAUUCUCUUAGAGAAUUGUUAUUUUUUAAUGGUUUCCCAUAUGGGCCUGCUAAAAUAACGAAUUCUCUUAGAGAAUCAUUAUCUUUAGCGGUCUCCUAUAGUGGAUUCGCCAAAAUAACAAAUUCUCUUAGAGAAUCAUUAUUUUUAGUGGGUUCCCAUAAAAAUUCUGAAG